AUGUCGUUUGGUACACCCCCAUCGUUACCUACCGCUGCGCAGCAAUAUAACUCCUAUGUCGUGGAUCCGAAAUGGCAGCGCACCUUCUCCACGGUGUGGGCGACCGCCGCCGGCGUCGCUAUUCUUGUCUCGCUGCCCUCUGUUAUUUUGGCGUUAAGGAGCGGUCGAUUAUUUCGCGGCUUUUUCGGCGUCUCUGAACGUAUCGGCGGGGCGCGGUACAAACCCGUCGCCUCGCCAGAGACGAGUCCCGUACAAGGCCGGAGGAGAAUUUCUGCCAUCGUGGAGAUGCUCGCGUCUCUGUCUUGGUGGAGCCUCCCGGCUAUUGAACUGACAUUGGGACAGAUGCUGCUCAUUGCCGGGUAUCUCGUACUCCUGCUUAUAUGCAUCAUUAGAGAUGUCUCCCUGAUUACUUACCCAAACAGGGGUGGAUUCAUGGCCCUGGCCCAGUUCCCGGUCGUUUUUCUGUUCGCGACCAAGAACUCUAUAAUGUCGCUUCUUUUAGGUCCCGGGAACGGCUAUGAAAGGCUGAAUUAUAUACACCGUUGGGCUGGCCGCGGCAUGCUUAUAGGGGCCUUGAUCCACGGGUCGCUUUGGAUUCGCAACCACCUAGUAUACAAUAUUCCUAUUAUUGGUCAGCAGAAGGAAACCUCUGGCGUCGCAGCACUUGGUGUUCUCUGUGGUCUCUUCCUGACGUCCCUGAGGCCGGUCAGGCGCUAUCUCUACCAAGCGUUCUUCGUCACUCAUAUACUUGGUUACGUCGCAUUUUUCGUCACUAUUUGCUACCACACGCCGUACGCACCGCCCUGGAUAUUCCCGCCUCUCGCGUUCUAUGGCUUGGAUAUCCUGCUGCGCAUGUUCCGGUACCGUGUCAAAGACGCAACCCUUGUUCCUGUUGACAGCAACAUGACCCUCAUACACGUUCAUGACUGUCACGAGGGGUGGCAAACCGGUCAACACGUCCGCCUUCGUGUCUUCUUCUCUGGGCGAAUUUUUGAGUCUCACCCAUUGACGAUUGUCAAUGCACCCUCAUCCACGUCAUCGGUUUCGAGCGGUUCGCUUAUCCUUGCCGCGCGCGUCAAGGGCGAUUGGACGCGCGCGCUGAACGAUUACGCGCUGCGCGAGCGGGCCAGCUUGAAGGGCAACGAGAAGGGGGCGCCGGACGGCGUGCCUGUGCAUGUCAUGCUGGACGGCCCUUACGGGGGGUGCAGCGUCGACCUCGGCAGAUACGAGAGCGCCAUGCUACUGGCGGGCGGUUCCGGCGCGAGUUUCACGCUCAGUCUGUUGGAUGAUAUUGUGACGAGGUGUGUCAAACUUGGUCGGCCGGGUGGAGAGAAGACGACACGCAUUGAAUUCGUGUGGUGUGUCCGGUCCUAUGGCUGCAUCGAAUGGUAUGCGCCCAUACUCAUGGACCUCGCCCAUACGGUUGCAAACACGUCGCUGGACCUGCAUAUCUCCAUAUUCGUGACCUGUCUGUGCAAUCCAGAAGCCGUACCGCUGAUCCCCAACUCCGACGUCUGCAUUCUUCGGCCAUCCGUCGCCACUUUGCUACAGGAGCUUGUAACGCCACCUUCAGACAACGGCGCAGACGACAACGAUGGGAACUCCUCAUUGAAGGCAAAGCUGAACUGGUCGGGUCUUGGGGGCGGCGUGGCAGUUUGCGCCGCGGGUCCGGAGUCUCUGACAACGGAGACUCGAAAUGCGGCUGCGAAGGUUGCGCUGACGAGAGGUCUGGAGAUUGGCGGAGUUGGUCUACACACGGAGACGUUCGCUAUGUAA